AUUUUCCCCGGAGCGCAGACGGGCUGGGGGACACAGGAUGGAAGAGCUAAUAGGAGUAUCUAACGGGACAUGCGGACGGGCUGAUUUCUUCUAAUAUUUCAAGUGCUGUUUGUGUCGGUGUGAGGCCUCGCCAUGCCGCUGGUGAAGAGGAACAUCGAGCCUCGUCACCUCUGCCGAGGGGAGCUCCCCGAGGGCAUUGGCAGUGAGCUGGAGUGUGUGAUGAACAACACGCUCUCUGCCAUCAUCCGUCAGCUCAGCAGCCUGAGUAAACAUGCGGAAGACAUAUUUGGCGAGCUGUUUAACGAGGCCAACACCUUUUAUCUGCGUGCCAACUCUCUGCAGGACCGCAUUGACCGGCUGGCCGUCAAGGUCACACAGCUGGACUCCACCGUAGAAGAAGUUUCCCUACAAGACAUCAACAUGAGGAAAGCCUUCAAGAGCUCCACCAUCCAGGACCAGCAGGUGGUGUCCAAGAGCAGCGUGCCAAAUCCUGUGCGAGAGAUGUACAAUCUGAGUGACAAGCCUCCGCCACUCAACAUCCUCUCAACUUACAGGGAUGACCACAAGGAAGCACUUAAGUUCUACACCGAUCCCUCCUACUUCUUCGACCUGUGGAAGGAAAAGAUGCUGCAGGACACGGAGGAUAAGAGGAAAGAGAAGAGGAAGCAGAAGGAGCAGAGGCGUUGUGUGGAUGGGACGUUACAGAGAGAGGUGAAGAAGGUCCGAAAGGCGAGGAACCGUCGGCAGGAGUGGAACAUGCUGGCUCUGGAUAAAGAGCUGAGGCCAGACCAUCGACACACCAUACACCGAGACAGAGGAGCUUCCUCUGAGGGCUCAAUGUCACCAGAGAACAGGGGCCCCGGUCCUGAUCAGCACCACUACCCCAACUCCAUGAACCACGCCGGCCACGCCCACACCUACUCUGGCCCACCGCCCAGCAUCCUGGCUGCUCAGAUGGCUGCAGGGCACGGCCACCGUGGGGGAGGUGAACAUGACAGUAGAGGCAGGAGUAUGAUGGCCUAUCAGGGUGGGACACUGGGCCGCUCUCACCACCACCAAGUCCCACUGCCUCCUCCACCCACUGAGGCUAUGAACGGUGGCUCCAUGUCCCUUCCACCAAUGGACUACAGUAUGGAUGGCUAUGCCAACACUGGUCCCCCUCCCCCGCCUCCAGCCCCUCUCAUCCCUUCUGCUCAAACUGCCUUUGCCUCACCUCCCGGAGGUCCGAUGCCUCCUGGACAAAUGGGCGGCGCUGGUGGCUACGCUCCGCCUCCGCCACCUGUAUCAGGAGCCCAUGCAGCUCCACCUCCCCCUGGUCCUCCACCUCCUCCCCUUCCAGCUGGUGCCUCCCACUUUACAGUCCACAAGAUGUCCUCCUCUGCCCCUGCUGAGACCACAGUGGUCAAUGAUGCCCGCAGUGAUCUGCUGGCUGCUAUACGUAUGGGCAUCCAGUUGAAGAAGGUGCAGGAGCAGCAGGAGCAGCAGGCUAAGAGGGAGCCGGUCGGAAAUGACGUGGCCACCAUCCUGUCGCGACGCAUCGCUGUGGAAUACUCCGACUCCGAGGACGACUCCGAGUUGGAGGAGAACGACUGGUCGGAUUAACAUACGUUAAAAAAAACAAAACACUGAAGAUACACACACACAAAAACACACAC